AAUAAUCUUGCUUCUCAAAUUAAUAUUCCUGCCAUUAACCUUCCUGCCUAUAAUUAUAAACUCAACCUGGUUGCUUAUCCUGACUUUUUCAGUGAAGAACAAGACUUCAUUAUAUGGUUGGAAGAUAUUGAAAAGGCAUUCAAAGCCAACCAGGUUCAAGAUAAUUGUAAGAUUCCUGUUUUCAUUUCCCAUUUAAAAAGAACUGUCGCCACUUGGUGGGUUGUUGCUAAACUAUUCAAGCCACUAUUGACCAAUGGAAUAAACAUCAUUAUUAAGGCCAGAGUUUUCACCCACACUUUGUAG